AUGCGUUUUAUGGCAGGCCCUGCAGGGAGCCAGAAUCCGGGUCCCAUGUGCUUCCACAGCAGCCUCCAAGCCCUGUACACCGUCCUCUUAAUAGUGCUGGUCAUGAUGAGCUUGGUGUUUGGUAAGUUUGUUCCUGUCAAUUGGGAACGCCCUCAACCACUUCCAGUCCCCAAAUACCUGCGCUGCUACCGAUGCCUCUUGGAGACCAAGGAGUUAGGGUGCCUUCUGGGAUCUGACACCUGCCUCACCCCGGCUGGCAGCAGCUGCAUCACUCUCCACAUAAAGAACGGCAGCAAUUCUGAUGUCAUGGUGAGUGACUGCCGAAGUAAGGAGCAGAUGAGUGAUUGUUCAAAUACCCAAACUUCUCCGGUGUCUGGCUUCUGGAUAUUCUCUCAAUGCUGCUUCCUGGAUUUCUGCAAUGACCCUCAACACAGAGGGCACUAUAUUUCUUAGUGUGACUGCAACAACCUUUGGUGUAAAAUUCUACCAGUUUCCAGCCACCUUCCUGACUUCUUUCUGGGCUUGGCCAGGACUUCUAGUCCCUCAUACCAGCCCUCCUUGGCUCCCUCCAGUCAGUGGACCCCAGCCUUGGCUCUUCCUCUUGGUUGGCACCCUUCAGCACCCUUACUCCCACUCUGCACCCCCAGCCCCACUGCCCACCAGGUUUCCUCUCUUGUCCUUAGUCCCUGGAUGUUUCUCCCAAAUAAAUUUGUGUGCAAACUGUU